AUGGGCUACUUCGUGGGCAUCACCGGCACUGGCUUCGUCGGGACCGACGAAAAAAGUGCCGUGACGUCCUACAUGCCAUGCCACAUCUUUGGCGACCAGAUGCUCAUCGGCGCCGGAAUCCGCAUUGGCUUCUACCUGCUGUACGCCGCUGCCAUCGUGGCCAUAUUGUUCAGCGUCGACAAGCAGUUCCGCUUCUGGCACGGCGCCUGGGGUAUUCUCGCCCUGGCCUUGUUCCUGUCCAUGUUCCUCAACGUCGCCGACUACAGCUUGAUCAUCAUCGACUAUGCCGUCUUGAUCCAGCUCGUUCUUUGGUAUCCAGUCUAUUUCUUCUUCACGGUUCUGUUCCGCCAAGCACUUGUCGUCGAUAGAGUGGCCCAUACCAAAUCGGAUGCCGAGUACCAGGAGCGGCUGCAGCGGUGUCGGCAGGCCGCGGUGACUCAACUUGAUGUUGCACGGGCUCGCGCCUACGCCGACGUCCUCAAGGCGUUUGCGCUGCACGCCGCAGCAGAAGAGACCGAGCGCGACCAUGCCGAGGCGCAGGCAACUCUCAGCCAGGCGGUGCAGCACUACGUAUCGCACUGGCACGAUCAAAUCGACGUUAGGGGGGAUCCCGAGCAUAGCGCGAGUCGUGGUGAUGGUGGCGCUGUCACGACGGUGUACAACAACGAGCUCAUUGAGGAGAUCGCUGCGGCGCCCACGCGCGCCGACAUCGACAAGCUCCGCGACCUGUACGUAGCUGCGAUGGUACACUCGCAACAGACGGUUGCCGAGGCGCGAGCGACCGAGCAGGAGGUGGCGCUUAUUGCGUCGGAAGAACUGCGGAUCCGCCGGCAGGCACGACGACCCAAGCAUGCACUGCGCCAUUUCCUCUUGUCCACUAGCUACAAGGACCAGAUGACGGCGGCCCUCGGUCUCCUGAUCUGGUCCAUGUAUAUGUUCGGCACCGCAGCGCUCAACUGGCCCCUCCUGUACAACGGGAACAAGUCCGGGGGUGCCUGCGAUAAUGUGCCCACGGUUUAUUUUGUUCUCGCUCCCAAGAAGCCAUUUGCCGAUCAUGGAUUUGCUACAUUUCUCAGGGUUUGGACGGUUGGGGUGUGCCUGGUGGCAGUCUUCACGACGGCCCUCGGUCUCUUCAUUCUCACCGUCAGCUUAUUGGGCCCUAGUGCUGUCGGACUGAAGGGCUGGCAGCAGCGGCGAGGCAAGGGUUCGGUCGAGUCUGGCCAAAGCGAGUACGUGUAUGACAUAUACAGCUCGCCGGGGUAUUCUCGCAAGGCUCGAGGAUUUCACACGCAGGAAAUUCUCGACUGCAUCUGUCACAGCGAGUCGAGGGCGAUCCAGCAUCGGUACCGGAGCAGGACAACCACGCCAGCCCAAUUCAGCCUGUGGACCAUCCCCUGGGCGGUCUUGCUAGCCGUGCUGCUCGUUGUGACGAUUGCGUGCGCCGAGUUGACAGUCACACGGCAGGGUCCAAACAACAAUAUCCCCUUGGACUUUGCGAGGCCGCCGCUUCAUGAAACUGCCGAGAUAUUAGCAUUCCUCAUCGGCCUAUACUCGUUGGUGCUCACUCUUCUGAGUGUGUUGGGUGCCUUCGUGGCAGCCAUUACUCAUGUCGAGGGCAGAUUCUUCGAGCACGUUGUUUCAUGA